GAAAAAAAAACCCUUGCGUGUCUUAUUAAACACAGUUCAUGUAAGACUGAAUUGAGCUUGAAUACACAUGUAUAUUUUUCAUAUUACUUAACGCACUGGAUGCUUAUUUUCUGAACAAGAUUCAAACAUCUGGAUUUUAUAUAGCCCGACUGCUGUUGGUAAAGUUGUUAUUUUCUCGCGAUGUCCCGUGUCUCGGACCCGUUACCGAAAGCACGCCAGGAAAAAAUGAAAGACGUUAAUGUAAAGAACAAAGAGAAAGAGCGGAAGGCACGGGAGAAAGAGACAAAGGAGCGUGAGUCGCGUUACAGCAAUGGUCACCUGUUUACCUCCCUCAGUGUUUCUGCCACCACACUCUGCUCUGCAUGCAACAAGAGCAUCACUGCAAAAGAAGCCCUCAGCUGCCCAACUUGCAAUGUAACCAUUCACAACCGCUGCCGUGACACACUGGCCAACUGCGCCAAAAUGAAACAGAAGCAACAGAGGCUGGCUCUGGUCAGGAACACCGCAACUUUACAUAAUGUGGCCCUCCGCAGCAAAAAUCCAAUAUUGAAGGAGAGGCCGAGUUCAGCCAUUUACCCAUCAGAGACGCUGAGACAGUCUUUCCUCGGUUCCCGCAAAGGACGCUCCACGCUGUCCCUCAGCAAGAGCGUCUCCACCAAUAACAUUGCAGGAAGUCUGAAUGAUGAUUCUCCUGUCGGACUGAGGCGGAUUCUGUCUCACUCCACAGACUCUCUGAACUUCAGGAACAGAGCCAUGUCCAUGGAAUCCCUUAAUGAUGAAGGAGAAAUGUAUUAUGCAUCAAUGUUGGAGGAGCUGGAGAAGGAUGGGAAGGAUUUUGAGGCAGAUUCCUGGAGUCUGGCUGUGGACUCUUCUUAUCUACAGUCUCAGCGCAAAGACGUCAUCAAGAGACAAGACGUCAUAUACGAGCUGAUUCAGACGGAGCUGAACCACGUGCGUACGCUGCGGAUCAUGGAGGGGGUGUUUCGCAGAGGAAUGCUGGAAGAGGUGUUGAUGGAGAUGGGUGUAGUUCACGCCAUCUUUCCUUGCUUAGAUCAGCUGCUGUCUAUUCAUUCAAAUUUCCUGAGCCAACUACUGCAGAGAAGAAACAAUAGCCUGGCACCCAGCAGCACCCGCAACUUCACUAUCCAAAAGCUGGGAGAUAUACUGGUGGAGCAGUUCUCAGGUCAGAAUGCGGAAGAGAUGAGGAAAUGCUACGUUGAAUUUUGCAGUCGACACUUGAAAGCUGUGAAACUCUAUAAGGAGCUGUUGGCCCGUGACAAGAGGUUCCAGCAGUUCAUACGGCGGGUAAGCAGAGGCUCUUUACUGCGUCGCCAUGGUGUCCAAGAGUGCAUCUUACUCGUCACCCAACGCAUCACUAAAUACCCUGUACUUAUCAAGCGCAUACUAGACAACACUAAAGGUAAUGAAGAAGAGAGUAAAUCUCUGGCUGACUCUCUGACGCUCAUCCGGGAGCUGCUGUGUUCCGUGGAUCAGCAGGUUCAAGAGUUAGAGCGAGCACAGCGUUUGCAGGAGAUCCAGUCCCGUCUGGACCCGCGAGCUGAGACGAAAGUUAAGGGUGGAGGAGUGUUUGGUGGAGGAGAGCUGCUGCGCCGUAGACUCAUUCACGAGGGAGCACUGCUCUGGAAGACUGCUCAAGGCUCCAGACUCAAAGAUGUGCAUGUUUUGUUAAUGACAGACAUCCUGGUGUUCAUGCAGGAAAAAGACCAGAAGUAUGUUUUUCCCUGUCUGGACAAACCGGCAGUACUGUGCCUUCAGAAUUUGAUUGUGAGAGAUAUAGCCAAUCAGGAGCGAGGAAUGUUCCUCAUCAGUCACUCCACACCUCCAGAGAUGUACGAGCUCCACGCCGCCUCCAAACAGGACAGAAACACUUGGAUGAAACUCAUUCAGCGGACAGUGAGCAACUGUCCAUCAAGAGAGGAUUUCCCUCUGAUUGAAACUGAGGACAAAGCUUUGCUACGACGACUCAGAGCUGAUAUCCAGCAGAAGGAUCGUGAGGUUUUGGAGCUGUUACAGGAGCGUGUGACAUUGUUCUCUGAUUUGGCCGAGGCCACCGGAGGUCAGAAUGUUAAUGUUCCCACAAACUCCAGAAAUAUAUUCAGAGCAGAUACGCCCUACGCUCCCCCGGCGGAAAAGCUACUGAAUGACGCCAUUGUUGAGGUGGACAGAAUGAGUGAAGUGCUGUUGGGUUCCUGCAUUGAGCGUCCACAGUCCUGCAGAUUGAACGGUGAAUCGACAGAGGUACAAUUCACCUCUAAAACAACAGAUAAAGGAACGAUAUCGGUUAACGGAAUCCAUGAAAUAAACAGUCCAUCCAACAAGGACAGGAAUGGGAACCAGCUGCAGGACAAGAUGUUAAAUGAGGAGGUGUGCCAAAGACUUGUGAACCUCAGCACUCAGCUUCAUGCACUACAGGCUGCAGUGAUCAAGCAGGACUCAUUCCUGGAGGUGUACAUGCAGAAGGACUUGUGUCCCACUACAGCAGCAGUGCCGGAGGCAGGUGGUCCUGAGGGUACUCAAGGAGAUCUGGCAGAGCUACAACGCAAGUACAACCUCCUGCAAGGAGAAGUGAUCCGACUGCGGGCCGCCCAGGACAAGACGGGCGAUAGAGCGCCAAUUCAGCUUGAAAAACAACUCCAAGAGCUACGGCUUAAAGACACAAUGGACACACGUGACACAUUGAUCUCACAGGAAACAGCAGUUCAGGUGGAUGGCAUGCAAGAGGACAGUCCCAGAGAUCUGCAGGAUAUUCCAGAGGAGAGCGAGUGUGGGACUGAAGCUCACAGUUAACAUCAGCUCAACUAGAAGAUCCUACCUUAACCUCCGCCAAAACUCUAGAAACUCACCUCAGCAGUCAGUUAUGACUCAAGGCCUUGUUCACACCACGCCAAAUACCGAAAAAUCUGCUGCGGUUGAAUUUAAUUUGAAAGAACUGCUGUUAAUGCAUCCGUCACUAACAUUUACAUGCUGGCAAUGUGACUUUUUUUUUUUUUUUUUAC